GUCAACCAUCACAACUGCGUAAGAAGAUUGUCAAUUUAUUAUUAUUUCGGUUUUUUUCGUUGUAAAGUUAUUAGACCACCAGUUCAUCGAAUUAGCAACGCAGUUUUUUGGAAACUAUGAAUUAGGAAUAAGAUUUUUUGUAAAUUAGUACCGUAGUCAUUUCAUUAAAAAAUGUCGAGAAAAGUAAACAGUAUUACAAGAGGAGCAACCGCCCGACUGAAACAGGAUUACUUAAGGUUAAAAAAGGACCCAGUUCCGUACGUUGACGCGGAACCUCUGCCUUCCGAUAUACUGGAAUGGCACUAUGUGGUCUGGGGCCCAGAAAACAGCCUUUAUGAUGGGGGAUAUUAUCAUGGAAAAUUGGUCUUUCCUAGGGACUUUCCUUUCAAGCCACCAGCGGUGUACAUGAUCACACCCAAUGGAAGAUUUAGGACCAACAAAAAACUCUGCUUAAGCAUAUCCGAUUUUCAUCCAGAUACAUGGAAUCCUGCUUGGAGUGUUUCCACCAUAUUAACAGGGUUGUUGAGCUUCAUGCUGGAGAAAAGUCCAACUCUAGGCAGCAUUGAAACUUCCGACUAUGACAAACGGCAGCUUGCUUACCAGUCGUUGGAGUUUAACUUAAGAAACACUCAAUUUUGUGAGCUCUUCCCAGAUAUCUGUGAAAAAAUGCGAGCUGAAUUGGAAAAACGGGCCGAGAAUCAAAAGAACGCGCCUGAAUGUCAGAAAGCUUUACACAGUACCAGCCAACCCAGCAAUUUCCAAUCAUGUGUUACAAACCUGUGUGUAAUCAUUGGUUUUGCAGCAUUUGCAUUUACUGUUAAGUAUGUCAUAAAUACAAUGAAGGAAAUUGAGAGGUCAUAGUUUUUAGAGGAGUUAAUGUUACAUUUAUACCAUUAUUGAUGUUGUAAAUAAAUAUCUAACAAGGUC